GCCUCAUCAUCCCCGCUCAAACCCGUCCAAGCCGCCUCUGACGUGACUCCAACUCUAAUCACUAUUCACUUGUCAGGAACACAAUCUAAUGAUAAGAAAAAACUAUUCUCUCAAACCAUCUUCCAAUCAGUGACCGCUAUCCCCUCAUCCUCAUGUAUCUCCUCCAUCUCCUCCUUCUCCUCCUUCUUCUCUGACCAUCUCCUCUACCCAUCAUACCCCCAUCCCCACCUCAGUCUACUCUCCUACACAUCACAAUCUCAAUCAGCAAAAAUCCCACGGCCAACAUGACCUCCCCUUCAACGGUCUCUUCUCCAAGUUUCUCCCUCGCACAAAUUUUAGAAAUCCUUCCUGGCGUCACCGUCCACCGCGAAAGCUACAUGCGCUGCCUCGCCACCACCAACCCCCAAUCAGCUCCAUCCGGCUGCUCCAACAUCAUCAGUCAAAACCCCGCCAUCCAUUUCUUACGCGACACCUGGGAUAGAUUAUCCUACAGAGUCACUAUGUACGAUCUUAUGGACAUGAUGGCCCCGACGUUCCUCUGCGAGCACCACAAACACCAAGCCAAUCACCUAGCCGUUCUCUGGAAAAACGAAUUCAGCAGAUUCUAUAUCUCGAGUGUACUGAACGCGUCUACGGCGCUGGCUGGAACUGUACCCCCAGUACAGGGCUACUCUUCUGCGUCGACUUCCCCCGCUCCAACUGUGGUUGUUGUCCCUACUAUUCCCGCGACACGUAAUUCCACAGGCAGUCUGAUGUUUCCCCCGUCCGAAUGGCCCUGGCCAGCCGGCAUGGUCAAGCCGCGCCCGCUAGAAGGAGUGUGCGGGAUCUGUUUCCUGUCGUUUGUGGGCGAAGAGGCCAAGCAGGCGCGGUGGAAUGACGAAGAACCGUUGAAUGGGAAUUCCGCCCCUGGCAAUCCUGUCAACGGACAUGCAGGCGAACCUGACAAGACCGAGGAUGAUGAAGAAAACGACGAGGAUAGUGAGGGGCCCGAGGACGAGUGGGACUUUGAGUACGACCUGUUCCCGCUUAAAGGUAAAUACGAUGUUAAUCUGCUGGUGUGGUGUCGCGGGCACUGCGGGACGAACUUUCACCGUCGCUGUAUGGACCGCUGGAUUGAGAAAUUCAGGGGGAAUGCUGAUCCUACUUGUCCUAUUUGUCGGAAGGAAUGGGUUGAGUGGGUUGAGUGACUUUUCUGUUUUUGUCUACUUUAUGGUUGGUUUGGGGGAGUAUUUUUUACUGGUUAUUAUGGUUGGUAGGUCUGUUACCUGGGGCUUUUUAUUCAAGAUGUAC